AUGCGUCUUGUGCCUGGCUUCAAUCCACUUGUCCAAAAAGACGCAGCCGGAAAAGAGUGUCGCGGAAACGUGGAAUUACCGUUUUGCAAGGGAUACUGUAAGACUAGUGAGAGCGGCACUCAUGGCUUCCCCCCACGUGUCCAAAUCAGCAAAGUCUGUACUCUGGUGCAGACAUCAAUUCGAAAAGUGAUUCUGGACGAUUGUGAUGAAGGAGCCGCUGAGAGCAUCAAGUUCGUCAAUGUGCCCCAUGGAAGCGAGUGCGAGUGCUCGGCAGUGCCACUUGAGCAGAAUCAUUCAUGA